AACUGCAUCCUAAUACAGAUUUUCUGUGGAAUGAUGUGCUCGACAAGGGACAUGGAUUUAAAGAGGUAACAUCUGUCCAGUGUUUCUCUGCCUUCCAUGGAGGACCCUGUAGACAGGGUACCAUCAGCCCACAGGGGGCUGCAGCCUGUGUAUCCUGGGCCCUAAGAACAGCAGGUUGCCAACCCGUUUCCCAAGAUUGAGCGAUUACAACGAUGACAAACGUCAGUCUCACACCCUGUCAAAGACUUGGCUCGUUGCCGUUUACUUCUCGGCAAUAUUAGAUUCAACUAGGUCUUGUCCUUUGAUUAUCUGUGAGGAUUGAAUUCAACCCCCGACUUUGGGCGCAGUCUAUUUUCUCGGGGACAGUCUAAGCAUCCUCAAAGGAUCAAGAGCUCAGCCAUAGAGCCGGAGGAAAGCGGAGUCGAUGCGUCAGAUUAAAGGGGACCCCCAGACCUAUUCCUCACCGCCGCUCUUCAGAUUUUAAAGCGAGGGUUAGGAGGACCAGGAGGGACACGAGGGAUGGAGGCAAAAGGCUCGAUCCUUAAUCCGAGCCAGAGACAAAGAGCGGUGACUUAAGCAACGGAGCGCGGUGAAGCCCAUUUUUCUCCUUCCUCGCAGCCGCGCCGGGCAGCCCGCGGCGCGCGGCCCCUACACUCCGGCCCGAGAUGAAUGCUGCGGCAGAAGCCGAGUUCAACAUCCUCAUGGCCACCGACUCGUACAAGGUUACUCACUAUAAACAGUACCCACCCAAUACAAGCAAAGUUUAUUCCUACUUUGAAUGCCGUGAAAAGAAGACAGAAAACUCCAAAAUAAGGAAGGUGAAAUAUGAGGAAACAGUAUUUUAUGGGUUGCAGUACAUUCUUAAUAAGUACUUAAAAGGUAAAGUAGUGACCAAAGAGAAGAUCCAGGAAGCCAAAGAGGUGUACAAAGAGCAUUUCCAAGACGAUGUCUUUAAUGAAAAGGGAUGGAACUACAUUCUUGAGAAAUAUGAUGGGCAUCUUCCGAUAGAAGUAAAAGCUGUUCCUGAGGGCUCUGUCAUUCCCAGAGGAAAUGUUCUCUUCACAGUGGAAAACACAGAUCCAGAGUGUUACUGGCUUACAAAUUGGAUUGAGACUAUUCUUGUUCAGUCCUGGUAUCCAAUCACAGUGGCCACAAAUUCUAGAGAGCAGAAGAAAAUAUUGGCCAAAUAUUUGUUAGAAACGUCUGGUAACUUAGAUGGUCUGGAGUACAAGUUACAUGAUUUUGGCUACAGAGGAGUCUCUUCCCAAGAGACUGCUGGCAUAGGAGCAUCUGCUCAUUUGGUUAACUUCAAAGGAACAGAUACAGUAGCAGGAAUUGCUUUAAUUAAAAAAUACUAUGGAACGAAAGAUCCUGUUCCAGGCUAUUCUGUUCCAGCGGCAGAACACAGUACCAUAACAGCUUGGGGGAAGGACCAUGAAAAAGAUGCUUUUGAACAUAUAGUAACACAAUUUUCAUCAGUGCCUGUAUCUGUGGUCAGCGAUAGCUAUGACAUUUAUAAUGCGUGUGAGAAAAUCUGGGGUGAAGAUCUAAGACAUUUAAUAGUAUCAAGAAGUACAGAGGCACCACUAAUAAUCAGACCUGAUUCUGGAAAUCCUCUUGACACUGUAUUAAAGGUUUUGGAUAUUUUAGGUAAGAAGUUCCCUGUUACUGAGAACUCAAAGGGCUACAAGUUGCUGCCACCUUAUCUUAGAGUUAUUCAAGGGGAUGGAGUGGAUAUUAAUACCUUACAAGAGAUUGUGGAAGGCAUGAAGCAAAAAAAAUGGAGCAUAGAAAAUGUUUCCUUUGGUUCUGGUGGAGCUUUGCUACAGAAGUUAACAAGAGAUCUCCUGAAUUGUUCCUUUAAAUGUAGUUAUGUUGUAACCAAUGGCCUUGGGAUUAAUGUCUUCAAGGACCCGGUUGCUGAUCCCAACAAAAGGUCCAAAAAGGGCCGAUUAUCUUUGCAUAGGACACCAGCAGGGAAUUUUGUUACACUUGAGGAAGGAAAAGGAGACCUUGAAGAAUAUGGUCAUGAUCUUCUCCAUACUGUCUUCAAGAAUGGGAAGGUGACAAAAAGCUAUUCAUUUGAUGAAGUAAGAAAAAAUGCACAGCUGAAUAUCGAACUGGAAGCAACACCUCAUUAAGCUUUGUUUUAUGACUGGGUAUGUGUGUGCGUGCCUGCGUGUGCGUGUGUGUGUGUUUACGUGCAUGCACACACGUAUACACCUGUGUGUGUGAGUAUGUAAUACAUAAUGUUUAUUGUACAGAUGUGUGGGGUUUCUUUGUGUUUUAUGAUACAUUUCAGCCACAUUAUUUGUUGGUUUAUGGACAUACUGCCCUUUUCAUUUUUUCUUUUUUCCAGUGUUUAGGUGAUCUCAAAUUAGGAAAUGCUCUUAACCAUGUAAAAGAUAAUUGCUAAAGUAAGCUUUUUAGGGCCCUUUGCCAACAGAUAGUAAUUCAAUCUGGUAUUGAUCUUUUCACAAACAGAACCAAGAAACUUUUAUAUAUAACUGAAGAUCACAUAAAACAGAUUUGCAUAAAAUUAUCAUGAUUGCUUUAUGUUUAUAUUUAACUUGUAUUUUUGUACAAACAAGAUUGUGUAAGAUAUAUUUAAAGUUUCAGUGAUUUAACAGUCUUUCCAACUUUUCAUGAUUUUUAUGAGCACAGACUUUCAAGAAAAUACUUGAAAAUAAAUUACAUUGCCUUUUGUCCAUUAAUCAGCAAAUAAAACAUGGCCUUAACAAAGCUGUUUGUUUUAUUGUACAAUUUGAAAAUUAUGUCAGGACAUACCCAAUAGAAUUACUAAACCUCACUGCCCCUUGUAGAAUAUGUAUUAAUCAUUCUACAUUAAAGGAAAUAAUGGUUCUUACUGGAAUGUCUAGGCACUGUACAGUGAUUAUACACGUUGGUCAUUGUAUUGUACCAGUGAAAUGCCAAAUUUGAAAGGCCUGUACUGCAAUUUUAUAUGUCAGAUAACGCCUGUGGCUCUAAUAUGCACCUCAAGAUUUUAAGGAGAUUUUUAGAGAGAAUUUCUGCUUACACUCUAGAAUAUAUACAUAAAUGUAAAAUAUUGACAGAAAUGGAAGCAGUGUAUUUUAAAGUAAUUACACUUCUGAAUUUAUUUUUCCUAUUCUAUAGUUGAUAUGACUUAAAUGAAUUACUGGAAUGGGUAGUGAGUGUACUUAUUUUUAAUGUUUUGAUUCUGUUAUAUUUUUCAUUUUUUUCAAAAAUUAAAUUGGAUAUUCAAUUUUAUGGACAUCAUUUAUUAAUUUUAAACUGAAUCCCUCAAUAAAUAAUGCUCAGGCAAGUUCUUAAAUGAAGAUAAAUUAUCCCAAAUGAAAAGCAUGAUGACAUGAGUUUGAAUAAUCCGAACCAGAAGCGGAAAGUUGGCUAAAUUCGGUGUUCAACAUCAACGUGUUCUAGAGUGAUUAAACUGCUAGAUUCUGAGUCAGUCAUCACAUUGGACUAGAGACCAGGAUGUUUUAGAUGUCCUUUCUGUUCUACGGCAGAGAUUGGCCAGCUGUGGCCUGCAGGCCAAAUUCGGACCACUCUUUCUAUAAAUACAUAUUGUCUAUGGCUGCUUUCUCACAAGAACAGCAGAACUUGAGUCAUUGCAGUAGUGACCCUGUGACCCCCAAAGCCUGAAAUGUUUAUUAUCUGGCCCUUUACAGAAGUGUCAACCCUGUUGUAAGAAAAGGAGUGUGCCUUGAGACGGAGCUUUUCGCUCUUUUGUCUUUUCUCAUUUAAGAAUCUGAUAUUAGAAGAGUAUUUAGAAAAGCUUUAACAACAUGACAUUAAAAGUGAAAUUUUAAAAAUGGAAAAGCCAUAAAUCAUUUGGCCUAAACAGUUACAUGAGAAAAUAUUUUCUCACUAGAGUAAUCUAAUUAGAAGCGAGUUAUCGUUAUUAAACAUCUUUUAUAAGCAUUAUUAAGAAGAAUAUGAGAUUUUGCAGAUGAUUCUAAACACCUGUCUAAUGAGAACAGUAGGCAUCAUUCACACUUCUAGUAAGAGUUUUCAUCCUGUAAUCCCUGGUAGAAAAUAAUUUUAAGCUGAUUUAUUAUUUUUUAAAUCUAAGUAAAGAGCAGGAGUAUUAAGAACACACCUUUCUUCACAAAAUAUGCUAAGGGGCUUAUAGAGAAGAAAAAGAAACUAUUACCAAUAACAACUUUGAUAACCACCCAUAAUUUUGAUUUUGCUGAAACACUGCAAUUAUACUGCAGAUAACAGUCUUUAUACACUGUGAAUUUCAGCCGUUUCAGAGUAUCUAGAGGAGUUUUAUUUUAAAACUUUCAGUGAAUGCUAAAAUCUGUACAUUUGUACAUGGCCAUAGAUUGGGGGAUGGAAUGAUUAACUGUUAGCUCUUAGCCACUUGGAAUUGAUUAAUCCUGAAUCUCCAUCACGUAAGCACUUAGUAUUUGACCAUCCCCAUUCUGAGUAGAAACUGGGUGACAUGGAUAUCAAAUAGAACUCUGUUGUGUCACCCUUAAAUUAGCCUGACUCUUGCAGACAAAAGCAAAUGGCAUGUGUGGGUUUGCUCAAGUCAUUAGAUUUGCAGUUUACAACAGUCAGUCCCCCUCAGUUCAUAAUAUCCUGAAGUAUUAUUUGUAUUUUAAAUAGGAGAUAGGAGUUCUGCGUUAAGACUCUUUAUUUGUACUCUAUACUUAAAGUAAAAUGGUUUUAAUGAUUAUCCCUUAUUUCCUUUCUUGAAAUAAAUUGUCAUGAAAAACAUUUUAUAAUGAAAUCCAUCUUGGAAAACUAGAAAGAGAAAAAUGGCAAGGUAAUUAUUGUUCUGUUUGCCAUAAUUUAGAAUUCAAACUUAAACAAGUAUUUUGUAGUUUUACAUUCCUUUUUAACCCAUCUAAUGGAGAAUGUCAGCUUUUCUCCCAAGUUGUAUGUUAAAUCAAUCUAAUAUGUAUUCAACAUCAAAGAUAAACAUGUAAUAAACAUGGAAAUAAAGUUUAGCUCUAUUAGUGAAAUGUUAAAUUUGACUGUGUGCUUCAAAUAAUGGCAUUUACAGAGUUACCUUUUUUAGGUAUUCUUCCAGUUCAAAGAAUUAGAGAAUGAAAGAGGGAGAAACAUCUAGGAUGCCUUACUUUCUGCCUUGUGCACUCUAUGGCAGUGCCUUUUACUAAGGACACUGGAGGAAGAUCAGAUUUGGGGGCAAAGAGCACAAUUCCUCAGGUAAGAUUUGAGAUGCCUUUGAGACAUUUAAAUGUGGAUUUUAGGUAGCUGGAGAUACUGAUUUGGAUAUGAAUGUGAUGUAUAGACGGUCAUUGGAGACUCAAGAGAGGAUGCUUCUCUAGGCAGAGUAUAGAGUAUGGCAUGGCAAACCACAGGCUAUAGGCCAAAUCCAACCCACCGUCUGUUUUUGUAAAUAAAGUUUUAUUGGAACA